AUGAGCAUGUACGGGUCCAAUCCGAAACUGGCCAACAUCGGCCCCAGAAGUAAUUCUCGACCGGAUUUGACAAGUUCGAGUUUUAGGAACGAGGUAUUUUACGGUGGAAAUGGCUUUUCGGGGGACUACCAGGACGGCGGUGGUGGCGGAUACUCCUACACCACCUUUUCCAGGACGUCCAUGCACGGAGGGGGCCUCGGAGGACAGAAAAUGCAAGUUGGCACUAUGGGUGGGGGCGGAGGUGGUGGAUUGAGUGUACAAGCUAUUCAGCAGAAAGGAAUGUUCCUCUCAGGCCAGUGUCAGGAUUACCUACAGAGAGCAAAGAAGAUCCUCCAGACUGGGGGUCCAGUCAUGGAAGCAGAAAAGCUGAUGGCUAUGGGUUUGGAAUCCAUGGAGCAGUUGAAGGUCUGUGGCAUAGAGCUGCAGCAAAUGCGGGUCAAUCAUGACUUCUUCAGAAAUGUGGAUCAGCUACAGCAGAUGCACGCUGCUCUUCAACAGCAACUUGUUGGUGGGAUGGGCACAAGACGUAACAGAGGCAGCGUGGGCUCCGUCGAGGGGGGAAGGCUCUUCGACAAUGCAAUGGCUUGGAUUGCUCAACAGAAGCGUAUGAUUGAGACAGCUCCGUGGGGGGAUGACUCAGCUGCCCUCGACAAACAAAUCUCGAACCACAGCAAAACCCACAGCAGCCUUGUAAGAAACCAGGAAGUAGACCGUGCCAGAGAUGAUUUGAACGGGAGGAAUGAUAAGUACAACCUUUACGUCCUGGAGCAAGAAUGGGACAGCCUACAGAAAAUGUCCCAUGGUCGCUUGAGUCAGCUGCGUGAGCUUCAGAAUAUCAUUGAUGAAAUUUCCCAAGCCAUCAUGUGGGUGAAUGAAAAAGAGGAGGAGGAGCUUGUGUUUGACUGGGGAGACAAGAAAAUCGAUCAGUAUAUCCCUAAGAAGCAAGAGAACUACUCGAGGCUGAUGAGGGAUCUGGAAGAGAAGGAAAAGGACUUAAACAAGCUGAAGGUUAAAUCAGAUGGUCUUCUUGCCAGCAGCCAUCCAGCAUCAGAUAAGAUUGAAGCCUACAUGGACACCUUGCAGACCCAGUGGAGCUGGCUUCUCCAGAUUACUAAGUGUAUCCAUAUUCAUCUGAAGGAGAAUGCUGCCUACAGCCAGUUUUUCAAGGAGGCCAAUGAGACCUAUGCAAAGCUGCAGAAGCAACAUGAGACAAUCCGACACAAAUUCACAUGUGACAAGAACACUCCCCUGGAGAACCUCGUUGAACUCCUGAAAAACCUAGAGAAAGAGAAAGAGCGAAUCGUGGAGAACAAGAGGCAGGUCCAAAGUCUGGUCAAUAAGUCAAAGACCAUCGUCAGGUUAAAACCCCGUAACCCUGAAGAGAAGAGCAGCAGCCCUGUCAUAGUCCAGGCCUUAUGUGACUUCAAACAAGACCAGAUUGGGAUUUUAAAAGGGAAUGAGGGAAUCCUGAAGGACAACUCCCAGCGUAGCAAAUGGCUUGUGACUGGACCUGGAGGUCUGGACAUGUUGAUUCCGUCUGUGUGUCUGCUCAUCCCCCCACCCAACCCACUCAGUAUCGGCCUUGCCAAUAAAAAUGAGCAAUAUUAUGACGCCAUCAUGGGCAUCUGGAAUCAGCUGUACAUCAACAUCAAGAGUCUCAUUUCAUGGCAGUAUUGUCUCAAAGACAUCAAUUACAUCAACUCCCUCACCCUCAGUAUGUUGUCGAAGAUGCGUCCUGAGGAGUACCGCAGUAUCAUCAAAAGAAUGGAUACUCACUACCAGGAGUUCUUGCGUACCAGCCAAGGUUCAGAGCUGUUCGGGGAGGAAGACAAGAAAACUAUACAAGGCCACUUUGACAAAGCCCAGAGCCAUUAUGAUACACUGAUCGUCCAGCUGCCUGCGUACAAAGAGGAAGAGGCAAAACCUGAACCUCCAAAACCGGAGCCCACCAAAGUCAAGGUCAUCAAGGUCCCUGUGACCAAGACCGCCCCGCCAGCACCAACACUGAGCAUCUCUCUGCUGAACGGUCUCCAUGACCUCCGAUACCGGCUGCAGCAGGCGGAAUCGGACCUCACCAGUCACCUCCACGUCCCACUGGGGGAGAACAGUUUGCAUGAGUGCUCUCUGCACAUUCAGAAGCUUCAGCUUGCUCACCAAAAUUUGGACUCCAUUCAUGAUGAGUACCUGCGCAUCCGGGAAAGCAUUAUAAAGCAGCUGGAAGGGUUGCCUGCAGACUCCGAACAUGCCAAAUUCCUCCGUUCUGAACUGGACUACAUCAAUCAUUCACUGGGAGGCCUGCAAGGUCUCUACUCAGUCUACCUUCAGAGACUGUCUGCUCUGAAGGCUCUGCUGCAAAGCCUCAUCCAGGUUGAAGAUAUUAUCAAAGUCCACGAGGCCCGACUGACAGAGAAGGAGACCACAUCUCUUGACCCCAUAGAGGUGGAAAACUAUCGGAGCACACUAAAGCAUAUGAAGGGUGAACUGGAGCUAAAAAGAGACCUGCUGACAGCUAUGGAGUCUGACCUGGCUAAAGCAGUCCAAUACAACGGACAAAUCUCCGAGUCCUUCCACAAAUGCGAUGUGGAUUUGUCCAAGUAUUCAGACCUGGUGAAUCAGAUGGGUGACCGCUGGCGCCGCAUUCAAACUCAAAUUGAUAACAGAAUGUGGGACUUAGAGAAGCAGGAGAAACAGCUGAAAGAUUAUCAGCAGAACAGCACUUCCCUCGACCAGUGGAUAGACAAUGCCAGGAAGCGACAGGAUAACCUACAGUUGGUUAAACUGAAUGACAUCCAGACCCUAAUGGACCACCUCAACCAACAGAAGGCACUUCACACUGAAAUUAAAGGAAAGAAGGAGAAAGUGGAGGAUGUGCAGAAAAAUGCUGACAUUUGUGCUGCCUCCAUAAAGGACUAUGAGCUGCAGCUUGCGUCUUACAGUGCUGGCCUGGAAACUCUGCUUAACAUCCCCAUCAAGAGAACUAUGCUGCAGUCUCCUGCUUCUGUGGUCAGACAAGAGGCUGGUGGCCUCCAGUCCCGCUACAUAGAGCUACUUACCCGCUCAAGUGACUACUACAAAUUCCUCGGGGAGAUGCUGAAGAACAUGGAAGAGCUAAAGAUCAGAAACACCAAAAUUGAGCUGACAGAAGAAGAACUGAGGCGUCUGAAGGAAGACCUCCACGAUCGUAACCAUAAAAAUAAGUCUCUAGAGGAUGAUUUAGCACGCCACAAGCUGGAGCUCACUCAGUCAAAAGAUCAGCUCAUUUCUAUGGAGGAAGUUAUAAGAACCACCGCAAUCCAAGCUAAUGCUGCCAAAGAGAGUCUGGAUAGCAAACAUAACCAGCUUCAAGAGCUUAAUGACCAGCUGACCCGCAUUAAAUACCAACUGGAGGAAGAAAAGAGGAAGAAAAGGUUAGCAGAGGAGCGCUACACCAGCCAGCAAGAAGAGUAUGAGGCCGCUGUUCGCCGCAGGCAGAAAGAACUCGAAGAGCUAAACUGGAUCAAGAUUGACUUAGAAAAGUCUGUGAAGGAUAAAGAACGUGAAUUGGAGAGGAUGAAGAUACUACUGGAGGAGGAGGCAGCCCGUCGACGAAAUGCAGAGUCAGAUAUCUCAAAGGUAAGAACACAGUGUAACCAGGAGGUUAAUCAUCUUAAGCAGAAAUAUGAGGCAGAGAUCCAUGUUACCAAGACAACGAUCCUGAAGACCUCCCAACAGAGGGAAGAAGAUACAGCUGAACUGAGACUGCAACUUGACAGACUCACUGCCGAGAAGAGAGAUUUAGAGGAUGAGCUGAGGAGACUGAGACAGUCCAUCGCUCACACAGAAGAGCAGAAAAGUAGAGCAGAGCAGGAGGCCAGCCAGCAGAGGGCAUCAGUGGCACAAGAGACAAGGGUACGCAACGAGCUGGAGGUCCAGAUAAGAACACUCAUACAGCAGAGAGGAGAGGAUGAACUUAAAAUGAAGGAGGCCACCAAGAACAAUCAGGACAGAUCCAGACAGAUCAGCACGCUAACCUUUAACUUGGAGGAAGAAGGGAAAAAGAGGAGAGCCCUGGAAUUAGAAGUCAAUCGCUUGAAACAGGCUGAAGCAGAACUGAAGGCAAAGAAUGCGGCUUAUAAAGAGGAAGUGAACAAGCUGAAAUUGUCUGAGCAGGAGGUCCGUAUUACCAGAGUGGAGCUGGAGAAGCAGACCAGUGAGAAAACCAAGGCUGAGCAGGGUUCUGCCAGACUGCAGAGCCGAAUCCGAGAACUUCAGUGUUCUCUGGAUGGCAUGGAAGCUGAGUUGGAGAGACAAAAGAAGGCAGCCCAAGAAGAGUUCACCCGUAGAAAGAGAAUAGAAGCUGAGCUGGAGAGAAUGACGCAUACCUGCAAAGAGCACACCACUACAAUUAACACCCUGAAAUCUGUUCAGAUUGAGGUGACUAACACUGGAAGGAAGUAUGAGCACGACCUCAGAACACUGCAGGAGGCUCUGGACAAGAGCCGAAAGGAACAUAAAGUCACAAGCGAUGAACUGGCAGCAGUGACAGCUGAGCUGAAGAUACUGAAGCAGAAGCUGCAGCAAGAACAGGCCCGGAUCCAUGAACUCAACCAACGAAAUGAAAGCCUGUACAAGACCAUUGAAGAAAAGAGUCGUCAGCUGAAUGAAUACACUCAAGAGACCGAAAAACUGAAGACUCUCACACAGAACCUGACAAAGGAGAGACUGAGAUUGGAGGAGGAGCUGAGAGCAGUUAGGCAGGAGAGAGAUGACUUGAAAAGUAGUAAAGAUACUAUUGACGGAGAAAAUGCCACUCAGAUUUCAGCCUUGCAUGUCCAGCUUCAAAGUAGCACCAAGAAAACAGCAGAACUCCAGGCUCUCAUCAAUGACCUCACCAAGGAGAGAGAAAAGCUUAAGGUGGAAAUAGACAAAUUCCAAAAGCAAUCAAUUGAGACAUCCAUGAUGGUACACGAGUCUCAGAGCCAGUACAGUGAGGUGCUUCUGGAGAGGGAUAGCCUGCAUGCCAAGCUGAAACUGUUGGAGCAGGACAAGAACCGUCUCCUACGUGUAGAAGAGGAACUGAGCCGUAUCAAGAUCUCACUCGAGACUGAACAACGCAACAAGCAGCGGCUGCAGGAUGAAAAAAAUUCUAUCCUCAAGGAGUUGACCUACAUGAAAAACCAGUCUGAGCUGAGAGAGGGUCAAAUUAGGCAGUGUGAAUCAGAUAGGGAUAAGGCUGAUCGAGAGAGGCUCUCCUUGAAGAAUGAGAUUGAAAAGCUUAUGAUGGAGCUCAAGAGUGUAGAAGAGAGGUACAAGAACCGGCUGUUUAGCUCUGAAAAGGAGGUAUCAGAGCUGGCUCUCAGGAGAGACGCUCUGGAGAGAGAAAUAAAGAGGCUUCAGCAGAGACCUGACACUCUGGCCAAGCAGACACAGACAGAUGAGAAAAUCACUACAGUUGAUCCUUCCAAGUUAGUAUUUGAUGGUGUGCGCCGUAAAGUAACAGCCCACCAGCUUUGUGAUUGUGGCAUAAUCAGUAAAUCCACUUUAGACCAGCUCCUAAAGGGAAAAAAGACAGUUGAUGAUGUGGCUGUGGACAUCCAGCUUAAUCUAAAGGGCACUGGCAUUAUUGCAGGCAUGACAACAGGUCCUCAAGGAAAAAUGCCUUUCACUGAAGCCAAAAAUAAGAACCUCCUGAGCCCAGAGAGCGCCCUCUUGCUCCUGGAGGCUCAAGCAGCAACAGGCUACAUACUGGACCCGACAUUUAAUGAAAAGAUGCCGGUCGAUACUGCCUGUUCAAGAGGAAUUGUAGACACAGAAGACAGAGACACCUUGGUAACAGCUGAAGCAGCUAGCACAGGCUUCAAAGAUCCAUACACUGGCAAAGUGCUAUCAGUGGGCCAGGCUUGCAAACAAGGUCGAAUUGACAAAGACACAGCUCUCCGCUUGCUCCAGGCUCAGGAUUCUGUUGGAGGUAUCUUGGAUCCAGUUUUAAGUGUGUUCCUUCCAAAAGAUCUGGCUUUGGAUCGCAACCUUAUUGAUGAGGAUCUCUACAGGGCUUUGAACAAAAAACCUGCCUGCUACCUGGAUCCAGCCACAGGGGAGAAGAUAAGCUACAAUGAUCUUAGAAAGACAUGUGUAGUGGAACCUGUCUCUGGUUUGCUGCUGCUUCGUGGCCCAGAUAAGCCAAUGACAGUAAAGGGUCUCCGUGGUGAAGUUUCUGUUGAUGAGCUCAUUAAAUCUGAGCUGCUGGAUGAAACUGAUUUGCAGAAGCUCAACCAGGGCAAGCUUUCCAGCAAAGAUAUUGAAGACAAGCUGAGGUCUUACCUCUAUGGCUCCUCAUGUAUUGCAGGGAUCUAUGAUGAGGCGAAUGACAGAAUAAUGCCCCUCUAUCAGGCAAUGAAGGAAGGCCUGCUGAUGAGAGGAACUACACUGGAGCUUCUUGAGGCCCAAGCAGCUUCGGGCUUUAUUGUUGAUCCAGUUAACAAUGUCUUCUUGACAGUAGAGGAUGCUUUUAAGAGGGGUCUAAUAGGAAAAGAGUUUAAGAACAAGUUGCUGUCCGCAGAGAAAGCAGUAACUGGAUACAUUGACCCAUCCACAGGAAAGACAAUCUCCCUCUUUCAGGCUAUUGAGAAAGAUCUUAUUGAAAAAGGUCAUGGAAUCCGCCUACUUGAGGCCCAGAUUGCCAGUGGUGGGAUUAUUGACCCCAAAGAAAGCCACCGUAUUGAUGUCGCUGUAGCCUAUAAAAGGGGAUAUUUUGAUGAAGAGAUGAAUGAGAUCCUUAGCUAUGAGGGGGAUGACACAAAAGGCUUUUUUGACCCUAAUACCAAGGAAAACCUAACAUAUCUUCAGCUGAAGGACAGAUGCAUGACAGAUCAGAAAACAGGCCUCAUACUUCUACCACUCAGAGAUAAGAGGAAACCACAGAAGUCACAAACAAGUCGUACCAAUGUCCUCCGCAAAAGACGUGUUGUGAUUGUCGACCCGGACACUGGGCUGGAGAUGUCAGUGAGGGAGGCCUAUCACCGAGAGCUAAUUGACUAUGACACGUUCCUGGAGUUGUCAGAACAGGAAUGUGAGUGGGAAGAAAUAACUAUUAAGGGGUCUGAUGGCUCUUCACGUUUGGUGAUCGUGGAUAGGAAGACAGGAAUGCAGUAUGACAUCCAAGACUGUGUGGAGCGUGGUGUCAUUGACCAGCCAUCUUUGGAUCAAUACCGUGCUGGUACAUUAACCUUGACCCAGUUUGCUGACCUCAUCGCCAGCAGAACCAGCAGCACAGAGAUGAACAUUGCAGCCAGUACUGUGGACGACAUGGUCACUUGCAGCAGUCCUACCCAACUUGCGCCAUCUUCUCCUACUGUACGAAAACGCUUCAACAGUAUUUCUAUUACCGUCUCCCCACCUGAGAUGUUUGAUGACCAGAGCCCUGUGGCAGCUAUUUUUGAUACAGAGACAUUGGAGAAGAUAACAAUUCCAGAAGGCCUCAGAAGAGGCAUUGUUGAUACGAUCACAGCACAGAGGCUGCUGGAGGCCCAGGCAUGCACUGGGGGUAUCAUCAACCCUGCCACUGGUGAGAGACUUUCACUGCAAGACGCUGUUCAUCAAGGUAUCAUCGAUGAAAGCAUGGCCUCUAAGCUGAAACCUGCUCAGAAAGCCUAUGUUGGUUUUGAGGACAUCAAGACUAAAAGAAGGAUGUCUGCAGCAGAAGCAGUGAAGGAGACAUGGCUGCCUUAUGAGGCUGGUCAAAGAUUCCUAGAGUUCCAGUACCUGACAGGAGGCCUGAUAGAGCCUGGAACUGGACGCCGCAUUACAAUCGAAGAGGCUAUUCAUAAUGGUUGGCUGGAUGGUCAAGGGGCCCAAAAGCUUCAGGAUACUCGGAACCACCAGAAAAACCUGACGUGUCCCAAAACGAAGCUGAAGAUUUCCUACAAGGAAGCCAUGGACAGCUGCAUGGUGGAAGAAAGCAAUGGUAUGAAGAUGCUGCAGGCCUCCUCCAUAUCCACCAAAGGAAUCAGCAGUCCUUACAAUGUCUCUAACCCAGGAUCACGCUCUGGGUCCAGGGCUGGUUCCCGUGCCGGCUCCAGAAGUGGAUCUCGAAGAGGCAGUGUUGAUUACUCUACCUACUCCUAUACCUUCUCUUCUUCCAGUACCACCUAUAGCUCUAACAGCGUAUCUUAAUGCAUAAGAUGAAAAAAAUAGACCAGUUAUGAUGUGCUAUUGACGUCCCAUGUUGUUUGAAUACUUUUGUAACAAUACUUCUGAAGAGUUUGUGCUUUCUAGAAGAUAUUUGCAGUUUUUUUAAGACACUGAAUCUAAUUACAUGUUCAUUUGUGGUUCAUUAAUAGUUUGCUAUUUUUGGUGACUUGGUGUUUAAAUAUCUCACUGGAUGCUUAUUAUAAUUAAUUUUCUUGUUCUAACAUACCUGUUAGGAAAAUCAUUUUGCAACUGCUAAAUUUAAUAUAUGCAUUUUUUUUAAGAAUUUGUCUUUAUUAUUAUUUUUGAAAGAUGCUUGUUGACUUCAGCUUCAGUAGAAGAACCAGAAUUCAUUUUAACCUGUUUCAUUUUCAGCACAUUGCAGCUUGGCUUGUUUUAUUUUUUAGAGGAAAGUAUUUUGGUUAUUGCAGAUGAUGAUGUCAGACUUAUUGAAUUUAGAAAGUAACAAUUAAGUGUUCCAAUAAAAUGUCAUUCUUUGAUUUGAAAAAAAAAAAUAAAAUAAAAGAUAAUAAAAAAUG